AUGUGGAUCAAAGAGAACGUAAAAAAUGUAGUAUGGCCACCGAAGAUGAAAGCCGAAAUAAGGGACACAAGAAAGUACUGCAAAUUCCACGAAGACUACGGACAUGAAACAGACAGCUGCAUAGAUUUGAAAGUCGCAAUCGAAAGAAUGAUAGACACAGGAGAAUUGAGGAAAUUUGUGGCCCACAAAGCGAAAAACAAUGACAAGGGAGAAAAAAGAAGUAGAGAUGACAAAGGAAAAGAAAAAGAAGACGAACGCCCAUCCAAAAUGUUGGGAACCAUACAUAUGAUCAAUGAAGGAGGACACAGCAGCUCAACGAUUAGAAGAAAGCAAAGGAAAAAGGUGAUGAACAUCAGAGAAACCCACAUGCCACCCGUAAUCUUCGAUGUUGAAGAUUAUGAGCACGUGAAAGCACCCCAUAAUGAUGCCUCGGUGGUAACUACUAUCAUUGAGAAUUGGAACAUGGAGUGA